CUACUACACUACUAUUACUCUUACUACAAUAUAAUAAAUAAAUAAAUCAUAUUACUAAUAAGGAAGGAAAAGAAAGAUAUUAUUAUUAUUGUUAUUAUUAAUAGAUAUAUAUUUGUUUAUUAGAUUCAUUAGAAGUAGAAGAAGAAGAAGGGAGAGUGAGUUAGAGUAGCGAGAAUUUGAGAAAGCAAAAAUCACAAAAUCCAAAACCCAAAUACAAAUACAAAUACAAAUACAAAUGGUGUGAGCUGAGCUUGGGCUUUGGUGAAUACAAUGAAAUGAAGAAGAAGAGCUUAGUCGGAGUGUGAGUGAGUGAGUGAGUGAGAGAGUGUGUUUUGCGUUUUGAGUUUCGAUAGCCAAAUCCAUCGCUGCUUUUCUUUGCUGUUAAUGGGCUCCGAGCAAAACAGAUUUCCUCAGCACCAGGAAGCUGAACGGCGAAAGAGAUGGGGAGGAUGUUUGAGUGCGCUCUCUUGUUUCGGAACCCAAAAAGGUGGAAAACGAAUUGUACCCGCUUCUCGAAUUCCGGAGGGUAAUGGAUCAGCAACCCAACCCAAUGGUCAUGGUCAUGGUCACGGUCACGGUCACGGUCAUGGUCACCCUCAUGGUCCCCAACCCAAUGGCCUCCCCUCCCAACCUACCACCCUCUUAGCCCCACCUUCGUCCCCAGCCUCUUUCACCAACUCUGCUCUUCCUUCUACCGCUCAAUCCCCAACCAAUUGUUUCUUGUCACUCUCUGCCAACUCUCCCGGCGGCCCUUCCUCCAACAUGUACGCCACCGGUCCUUAUGCCCAUGAGACCCAGCUGGUAUCCCCUCCUGUCUUCUCAACCUUCACCACUGAGCCAUCCACCGCUCCUCUCACACCCCCACCUGAGCUGGCUCACCUCACCACUCCAUCUUCCCCUGAUGUCCCUUUUGCCCACUUCCUCUCCUCUACUGGGAGCGGCAUGGGCCUUAAAACCUCGGACAAGACCGGCUACAUUGGGGCAAACGAUCUCCAAGCUACUUAUUCGCUCUACCCUGGAAGCCCUCCCACUCCUAGUAGUCUCAUAUCACCCCAAAAUGGUAAAUGUGAGCUCGACCAUGACAAUGCGGGUGCAGCCUCAGCUGCGGCAUCGACUCAGGAUUCAAACUUUUUCUGCCCUGCUACGUUUGCUCAGUUCUAUCUGGACAACCCGCCCUUCCCAAAUUCUGGUGGGAGGUUGAGUGUUUCAAAAGAUUCAGAUGUUUACAACUCCUCGUCGUCCGCUGCUGCGAAUGGAAAUCAGAAUCAGAACAGUAGGCAGAUGAAAAGUCCGAAGCAAGAUGCUGAGGAGAUUGAAGCUUAUAGAGCAUCGUUUGGAUUCAGUGCGGAUGAGAUCAUCACAACCCCACAGUAUGUUGAGAUUUCUGAUGUCAUGGAUGACUCCAACUUUACCAUGACACCCACAGUGGAAGUGAGGCCAGGGCCAGAUUACAAAAGGCUGCAAGGUAGUGGUGAUAAUAAUAAUAAUAAAGCAGGUGGAGGAGAGGCUACGAUGAUAUCAGAUGAAGAAGAAGAAGAAGAAGAAGAAGACAUAUUCUCAUCAUUAAAAACGAGGAGGAGAUAUCCAAUGGGAAUGUCAAGCUCAGAUGCAGAAAUUGACUACAGAAGAGGAAGAAGCUUGAGGAAAAAAGAUUUCAUAUGGCAUGACCAAGUGAAGACCAACCAGACUGAGACUUGGGGACUUUGGACUUCUUUCGACCUUAUUAUUAAUUAGGACUUUAGCUAAAGCAAUCAAGCAAGCUUAGAUCAUAUAUUUCACUUUGUGGAAUUUCCCAAUUUGUAGUAAUUUGCUCUCUUUUCUCUUCUGUCAUUGGUGGAAUGAUCUAACCUAUGAUGAUCUCUCUCUAACAUCUCUCUCUCUCUCUCUUUCUCGCCCAGUUGUGUGACUUUGAGAAAUGUAUCCGAAUGCAACAAGCUCUGCUAUAUAUAUAUAUAUAUACAUAUAUGUUAAAUAUUUUGUGAGAA